GGUCCUCAUCACGUCCCCUUCAAUUUCAAAUCUCUCGUCCUCUCUCGCUCUCGCGCACACCACGCCCCGCUCCUCCUCUCAGCUCCCCGCGAAACCCUAACCCUAGCGCCCGCGUCCUCCGCCCCCUCCCGAUGUCGGACUCCGACGCGUCCCCGCCGCUCCCUCCGGCCGCGGCGGCCGAGAACUCCCCGUCCCCGGCGAGGAAGGAGGAGUUGCUGCCCGUGGGGGAGAAGAUCUCGGUGAGGAUCCAUCGGUCCUGCCCUAGGGAAUUGAAUGAAUCGCAAUCAGAGCUUUUAGGGAGACUCCGAGGACUCAAGGAGGAUUUGCAGAAUUGGAGAAGCAAUUUAGACACCCAAGUAACGAAAUACAAAAUUGAACUCUCUGAUAUCAAAAGUGCACUCAAUAAUGAAAUAGAACAGCUUCGUUCAGACUUCCAGGAGUUGAGGACCACCCUUAAGAAGCAGCAAGAAGAUGUGUCACUUAGCUUAAAGAAUUUGGGGCUUCAAGAUGCUACUGAAAAUGAUGGGAACAAAGAAAGUGGAGAGGAGAAUACGAAAGAGGGCCUGUCAGCUAACUUAGAGAACUUGAAAUUGGACAUUGCUUCUGAAAAUCUUGACGAAAGCAGAGAUGCCAAGGAGGUCAAGACAGAAACUACUGCUGAAGUUGGGACGGACGACAAAGCUACUAAGGAGGAUAGCGCAAGCGAUGAAUAGAUCAACACGGGGGGAAACAAAGUAACUGGACCCGCUUCUUUCAUGGCUCCGCUGUCGAAAUUACAAGAACAGCGAUGAGUUAGGGUUCUGUACAAGAAAACGAGCCCAUGCUUUGUGAUGGCUCUGACGCUCUGUCCCGUAGUGUGUAGUCUUGCCGAACGCUGUUGCAACUUCUGAGGCCCAACUGCGCAAGUGUUCAUCCUUCAGAAUUGUUGUAACAUUUGUUUAACCGGUUGCAUAAUAUUGACGGGUGUUGCUUGCA